AUGCCUCGAACCACCUUGAAACGCAGCCCGGAGCUUAAGAUAGUUCUAGACAACGGGACUACUUUCAUACCUGGCGAGACAAUCCAUGGCCAUGUGCUCCAAAAGCCUCCUCUGAGCACGAAUAUAUCUGUUUCCAUCUGUUUCCAUGCAAAAGCUGAGGUCACAAUGAACUUUUCUAGUGGCAUGACUCAUCGAAAGUAUACCAGUUGUUUUUACCUUUUCGGGGGCUUGGGUGGACUUCCCAAGAUCCAGCUGGAUCCUAUCGAAGUACCACCCAAUAAUCCUGAAUGUACGAAGUGGCCAUUUUCGAUUACAAUUCCUACGCAUCCGGAUCUUUCCUUUAUGAAGAGAAAUAACGUGGAUGAAAGGAGUUAUUUGGCUCUCGGUGAUGCACCGUCACAAGAGCUACCUCCGACCUUUUACAUACGAGCCCCGUCUCUGGGUAGAGUUAUCGAAGCAUGUGUCGACUAUUACCUGGAAGCGACACUAGUUAGCAACUGCAAGAACAGAUUUCCACUUAUUGGAAAGAAAGACUAUAAAGAGUUCAAAGCCACUCAACCACUCUGUGUGCAGCUGAUCUCGUCGCCAACUCCAAUUACCGACUUCGAGACCAAGCAUCGUUCUGAAUACAGAGAAAGAUUCGUUUCGCAACGCUUGAUGAUUGGCAAGGACUCUAAACUCUCCGUCGGUCAAAAAAUGGAGAAGAUGCUUGGUUCCUCUAAAGUUCCAGUAUACUCGUUCUCUCUCCAGUUGGACUUUGCCACUGUGCUGCAGAUUGGUAACCCCAAUACUAUUCCUCUGCGGUUGGGAGUGAACACGAUUUUGAAAGAAACCAGCGAAGUCUUACACAACAAAAUUCCAGACAUUGUACUCGAGCAGUUCACCUUGACGCUGUUAUCGACAACGCACUACACGUCGAAGCGAUUGAGGUCGACGUCGACAUCGAAGAUCCCUGAAUUGCAGGACACAUCCUCGCUCAUUCUGGCAGUGUAUCCUUGCAUGCAUGGUCAACAAAAAUCGGGCCAAACCAUCGCAAUCCCGAGUACGGAAAUUAUCGUUGUGCCCCGAGAUAGUACAUCUCCACCUAUUGAUCUAGGCAUCGCGCUAGGGGUGAAGACGCCAAUGAGCUCUAGAGCGGUGGAGAUAUAUCCAACAUUCACAACGUACAAUAUCAAGCAUGAACAUUUUCUUGAGUGGGAGUUAACCCUCGCAUGUGCAGGGGAGGUCGUGAAAGAUAGAGGCAAGCAAGCAGUUACAGUGAAAGCGCCGAGUGAUGACUUGCGACAGCCCCAGGCACCCAUAACCUCACCUUUGAUGACUGAAACUUAG